AUGCGCCAACUCCUGGGAGAUACUUCCGCUGAUGAUGUCAUACUACGUGAGCUCUUCCUACAGCGCCUACCCCACCAUGUCAGACUCAUAUUGGCUGCUGCCGAACUCACAUCUCUCGAUGAACUAGCCAAAACGGCCGACCGUAUUAUGUACCUGCAGGGCCUUCCCGUUCUUGCUGCGUCGAGCCAGACCUCGCAGUCAAGUUAUCCCACCGGGCUGUCAUACGAUGCUGCCCCUUUCUCUCUACCAGAUCCCACUAUGGCGACCUUGACUUCCACUGUCCAGCAUUUGCAAGCCGCAGUUCAGGAGCUUCGCGUCGAAGUCGCUGCUAUCUCCCAUCCACCCAGAGCUUAUUCUCCUAGGCGUUCGUAUCGCCGCCACCGAUCUCCAUCCCGCCGAUACCACAGCUCUCCUUCUCCUGCCAAUGGGUACUGCUGGUACCAUGACACCUUUGGAGUCGCUGCCCGCAACUGCAAACCGCCGUGCUCAUGGCAGGGAAACGGAAGUCCCAACCAUUAA